AGCUCACUGGGUGCUUCUUUAAAGCUUGUCACUCCGCAAUCUGGACCUGACCAGGAUAAUCCCCAAUCCAAGAAGAGAAGACCAUAGCCAUGAGGCAGCAAGGAAUCUGUGUGGAGCCUGCUUUCUAAAACAAAGCACAGAAACGAAAGGCUAAUAAAGUUCAAUCUCAGCACAUCAUCAUUUGGCCACAAAUCUGUCAUUGUUGUGGAAUUGCCUUUGGUUCUUGAGGAUUGUGAUGACAGAGAAGAAAACCUCAUCCUGCUUGGAUUUUUAUUGAACUCGAACUGGACUGGUUGUCUGUGAAAAGGAACAGAGCAGAACUAAAUCUGCAUGUCACAGUGAGGAACUUAAAAGAGAAGUUGUUGCACUCUUCUCUGCUCUGCGUGCUUGCUCAGUCAAAAAUAUAACAGAAUACUCGGAACUGUGUUUAGGACUGUUAGAAGAAGUGAAAGUUUGAGAGGUGUUUCUGUGCUCCAGGAAAACUAAAAUGUGUUUUAAAACAUUUCUUUGUGAUAAAUUUGCUUGAAAUGGAGCUCAGAGAAAAAGACGAGUAGAGUAAAUAAAGUGGGGAGCGUUUGAGAGGCCAAGUGAUUGUAACUCAUAUAUCAUCUGUUCUGCUUUGGUAUGAUUCAAAGAGGAAGAGCCGGAGUGGUUGUCAUAGAAGCACAGUAGAGCUCUGACACGGUGGUGUCUGAUGCACGCUGGCACUGAGUGGUGUUUGUGACUGCACUAACCACAGUUUGUCUCUCUGUAGCUGACUGGAGGUGAACAGGUGUUAGAGGGAGGGGCCAGGCAGAGAGAGGAAGAGGGGAGAGGAGGGAAGUUAUUCAGCUAAAAGCCGUUUGGAUUUGACAAUUGGAGACCUCAUCUUAAAGGUCCCUUCCUCAUUUGUGCCAAGUGGGGGGGACUUGGGAUUACAGAUUGUUAAAGAGAACAGUAUCAGUUCAUCUAGAAACCACAGGAUCGUUGUUCUGAGGAGCAGAUAUGGCCUGCAAUUUGCAAUCAUUGUUUCCUGUUUUGGCCCAGGAAGCAGACCUGGCUCUCUGUCGCUGCGAGGGUGGAGUGGAGACGGCGCUGCAGUAUGCCAAGAUGUGGUGCCGUUAUGCCAAAGACCUCCUGGCCUGGAUGGAGAAGAGAAUCAGCUUGGAACAAGAAUUUGCAAAAAAUGUGUUAAAGACAGCUGAAGGAGCAAAAGUCAUUGUUGCACAGCAGGAAAUGAUGCCCCUGCAGUACAUCUACACAAUGGCACUAGAGCAAGACAUCAAGAACAGUUUGACCUCUAGAAAGAUUUCAGAGCUUCUACAAAACCGCUGUUACCAGGCUUUGGCUGCCAAGAGGAAUGAGAUUGAAAGAUGGCGCAGAGAGUUUAAGGAUCAGUGGGCAAGAGAACAAAAGAGGAUGAAUGACUCAGUGACAGCUUUAAAAAAGGCUCGACAGCAAUACUUCCAGCGCUGUGAGGAGCUUGAAAAGGCCAAAGCUAUAUCUGCUAAAGCUGUGGAUGAUACUGCUGGAAUCAAAACACUGGAUAAGAGGAGGAAGUCCAAGGAUGAGGCCCAGACUAAGGUGAUGGAGGCGGAGCUUCUGUACAGGCAGUGUGUGAGUGACGCCAAGAUCCACCAAGAUGAGUUAGUGAAGGUCAAAGAGAAAAUUAUUUCCCACAAUCGCAAGCUCAUCUGUCAGGGAGACACUGUGCUCAAAGAGGCCACAGUCAACAUGUUCUACUUCCAGCGGCAGCAGACAGAGCCAGUUCCCCUGGGCUACCACAACCUGGAGUUGACAUGCAGGUCUCUGGAGCCUGGCGAGCCUUACCUGCUCUACAUCCUCAGCAACCGUCGCACAGAACAGCCUCUUGAAACAUUUACCUUCCAGGAGUAUUUUCCUCAGGGCAAAGGGAACAAACGAAAAACCAGCAACCCUCCCAGCUCCCAGCAGGAUCACUGUUCACCGGUGACAGAUGAAAGCCCUUACAGAAGACACAGCGAUGGCAGGAAAGCAGGGUACAGUGACGGGGAGAGUAUGGGAGGCAGUUUAGAAUCUCUGUCCAGUCCCGCUCACACAAAGAGACUGCCUAAAAACGCAUCCACCCUGACAGUGUCAUCUGAUGACCUGGACGAAAGGGACAUUGCCUCAGAAUCAGAGUGCAUUGACGGUCAGCCAGCGAAGAUGCGUAAACCUUCACGAGCUGCACUGACACACCAACUCAGAAAGAUGAAGAGCAAGAUGGUGAAAUGCAAACAUUGUGAGAACUACAUUGUUGUCAACGGGGUGGAAUGUGAGGAGUGCGGCCUGGCUUUGCACAGGAAGUGUAUGGAGGUGUGUCAGUCAGAGUGUGAACACAGGAAGGGGACCGUGUUCGGAGUGGACCUGUCUCUGAUGUCACGUGACAGGCCGGACGAGGUGCCCUUUGUGGUGCUGCGCUGCACUUCUGAGAUUGAAAGUCGCGCCCUCUCUGUCCAGGGGGUGUAUCGUGUGAGUGGGUCCAGGCCCCGAAUCCAGAAGCUCUGUCAGGCCUUUGAGAUGCAAAAGGAUCAGGUGGACCUCUCCGACCUCUCGCCACAUGACAUCACUUCAAUCCUUAAACACUUCUUCAAGGAGCUCCCAGAGCCCUUACUAACCUUUGACCUGUACAAUAACUUAAUCGCGGUGGGUAAAAACAUUCAGCACCUGAGUGAAAGGGAGCCUACACCAGACACUAAUGAGAUAAUGGACAUCAUUAACAGCCUGCAAAAGCUACUACAGAGACUUCCUUCUUAUUGCCACAGCACCUUACAGCACCUGUUGAGUCACCUGCAAAGGGUUUCAGAGAACCAAGAAAACAAGAUGUCCCCGAGCAAUUUGGGUAUUGUGUUCGGGCCGACACUGCUGCGCCCUCUUGUGUCUACGGACAUGUCAAUGAUCGCACUGCUGGAGACCAGUUACCAGGCUGUGCUAGUUGAGUUCCUCAUCACACACCAUGACGAGAUUUUUGGCCUUCAGGCGAGAAACCGUACGCCUACUCCUCCAGCCCCCACUGCACCUCUUCCUGACACCCCUCCCAGAGCUUCCUGUCACCUGGAUGGGGAAGUUAACGCUGACUCAGAGCAUGAAAGCUCCUCCAGAGAGCGGCUACCCUCACUAGAAAAUCGAACAAUCAAGAGAGAGUCAAGCGAGGGUUAUAUAUCUGACAAGUCUUCAUCCAAUGAGGCAGUGGACCAGCUCAGCCCCGAAGCCAAUGAAAGAGCAGUCCUGGCUAUGAGAGGCCAUCAUCAGCGUGAGCCAGUGGGAGAGCCAGACCCUGUUUUGGGGACCCAGCCAUACUAUCGCUUCACCAGACAGCCAGUGAAAUAUCACCGGCAUCAUAACCCAGGAACCCGAUUCCCUAACCCAUGUCGCACAACCAGCCAGCAGGAGGCCCCAGCGAGCGACCAUCCGGGGAGCGCAGACAGCAGCCGCAGCUCCUCUCCAGAGCCGGGGGCACAGAGACCUUCCCCAAGUUUAGAUGCCCACAGUGAGAACAUCCACCAGCCUCACCAGACCAGCAGAGCCUCAGAGAGUAAAGUGGACGUGUCACUGAACCCCCGCCAAGUUGUGCAGUACAUGCUGGGGCUGGAAUCAACUCUGAGAUCAGCUUCAACUGUGACCUCGUCCAGUUCAACACAGGACUCUGCCCAGGUGGUUUCAACUGGGUGUCAAGCUGAUCUAAACAUAAAUCAGUCCAAUAACAGGCAGUGUGUUGGACAGAGUCAGACUCUGUGUCAGACAUCAAAAACACUUCCUCCUGAGCACAAACUGACCUCACCAGCUCACAAGAUCCUGUUGGGCCUGAAGCUGAGACGCAGCCACUCAGGGAAGGAAGAGCAGCUCUUUGUCUGAGGAAAAACGGAUUUACAUUUACACACCUGCACAUACACUGAAUAAUGUAAAAUAUAACCUUUAUUAUGUGGAUAAACUUUUACUGCUAUCGAUAUUAAUCCAGUUCUCAUGAAUAAAUGCUCACACAAAUAUCUCACAACACAGAAUUUAACGCAAAAGAAUCAUAUGAAGCAUGAUCAUAUGAAAGUACCUAAAGUUAGAUCAUUCACAUUAACAAUCAAGUCACUGUUUGAGGAGACACAGUUGAAAAGUUAAGGCUGUAUUACCACUAAUCCUCUGUAGGGUUUUGUUGACCAUCCGGUUGUCUUACACCCAAACCAGACUAGAGUGGUUCACUCAUCCCUUUAAAUAUUUCUUGUAUAGUGAAGUGCAUCAACAGGUUCUUCGAGAUCAGGUAAAAAAUGCUACAAGCACAUAUGUUCAGGAUAUCCCUUUUUCAGACAUGCUGCACAAUAAAAAAUACCAUGACAUGUUGUAAAUGUAUAUCAGAAAAUGCUCGCUGUCAUCUAUUUGUCGCGCAGAAAUUAUUUUAAAGUACAUAAAACAAACUAUGCCUUUA